UUAAAUCAAGAAGUGUGAACACUGAUGAGUAUUUUAAACAUGAAAUUUUAAUUUUUUUGAUAUUUUAAGAUGCAGAAAAGAAGUCUUAUACUCCACAAUAAUUCAUCGUUAAAUGAGAAUGAGUAAAACUCCAGUUAGGCAACUAACUGAAUACUUCAGCACGCCAUUAAGCGCAGUUCUUCAAGGCUCUGAAAAUGACGUAAAUUUACAAGGAGCUUUCUACAAUGUUGCUGCAUUUCUGUUUAUAUCUGUUGGCCUUGGGGCUGCAGUGGCGGCUUAUUUUGUCUUGGAGGCCUUUAUCAAGCCAUUACUUUGGGCAGUACUUUGUGGUGCAUUUCUAUAUCCAUUCAAGAAGACAUUGUCCACACUUGUUUGUUCAUGGCUGAGAUCUCUUAGUGAUUAUAAUACACCAUUGGUUGUGGGUGUGACUUUAUUACCAUUUCAAAUUUUGAAUGAAGUUUCAGCAGUUGUUGGUUUCUUCAUAUUUGAUCAUAUUUGGGAGCUGAUUUCAUUAACAUUGACAUCCUUUGGAGUAUAUUUACUCUAUCUUUAUCAGCCAUUUUAUGAGAUGUUUAUCAUGAUAAAUGGAAUGGGCACAUUUCUAUACCAAACACUUGAUUAUUUUUCUAAUCCAGUUUGGGUAUGGUCUAUAGUUGUUUGUUAUGUCACUAUAGUGGUAUUCUUUUGGACACCAUCAUAUACACCAAUGAUUACAAUCAUGGCAUAUCCUGUCUGGAGUGUGUUAGUACUACACCUAGCUUCCAUUGCCGGUGACUUCAGAGUACCCUUGUUCUUAUUUCUGUUCAUACUUUGUAUUGUUGGUGUUUCUGCAGAAUUUAUAAAAAAAUAUAAACGUAAAGGACCUGAGCUAAAAAGAGAUGGUAGUAAAUUAUUACGUAGUUUAUCGAUGGCUGCAGCUGUAGCAUUGAAUGAUCAAACUGGUGCAGAAUCUGAAGAUGAUUCUAUGGAAGAAAAUUCAAAAUCUGGGGAGAAAACUGAGAAACCACAAGAACAGCAUGUUCAGAGUGUGGACGGUGAAAUGAAGAAGAAGGAGAGACCAAGGCUGGUUAAACGUAAACCUGUAACAAGCGACAACACAAGUGAAAAACCACGAAACAUGAAGGCCAGCAAUAUUUUUUUCCUUGCGCUAUUCUGGGCAAUCGGGUUGGUAUGCAUUAUAAAGAAUGUGUGGAUAUUGGAGCUCCUUACCAUUCCGUUCGUAAUAUAUUUGAUCAAAGCUCUUCUGUCAUGGAUUGGAACGAACAGUGUGGUCCAUGAACAACUAGAUAACGCUCGGUCGAAAUUAAAACUAUGGGCGAAGGAAAGAAAGGAUGUUUUGGCUCCAGCACCAGUACGAGGAAUAAUGAGAACGGUCUUGCUGGGUGAUAAGAAGAUGGUCCUGUGGUUGGUACAAUUUGCAGACAAACUUAUCAGUAUCUGUAUGAUCAUGUGUCUUAUUCUGGGCACAAUUGUAUUCAGUGCUGUCAUUGCAGUUCAGGUUCAACGUGAGAGUAUGCACAUGGUUCAAGUAACUGGCGAUCUGGUGAAUGAUGCAAUUAAUCAGUAUCCAGAACUUUUUAAGCACUGGCUUCCAGAAAAUAAAGAUUUCCACCAUAUUCUACAAAAUGCCGUGGACCAAAUGUAUUUACAUGGUAGAGAUUGGUUGGCUAAUAAAGUUCAGGAACUUGGUGGGGCGAAGGAUAAGAACAAUUCUCAUCUUAAAAAGGAAAUUUUGGAGUUAACUGAUCGUUUGUACCACAGUUGGAAAGAGGAAAGCAAUGCAUCAUUGCUACCAAGUCAUAAUAUUACAUCAAGUAGUUCCAACACAACGAUUCAAAAACGAAAAUCUCCAUUCGGUCUGUCAUUACGUGGUAUUUACAAGUGGAUCACAGUUAAACAGAAAAUUGAUCUGAAUACUGUUUUUAAUGUCGUUAAAGAGAACAUUGGUGUGUUGAUGUCGAUUAUAGAAUCAAUUUGGUUGAUAUUUAAAAGCAACGUGAACCUAGCUUUCAAUAUUGUCACAGUGUUGAUAUCCUUGGUUUUCUCCAGUGGAACAUACUUACUUAAUGCUGGUUUCUCUAUGAUCGUGUUUUUAACAGCUUUAUUUUAUCUUUUGAGUUUUUCUCAAAAUCAAUAUUUGCCAGUUUAUUGGGUCAGUACACUUUCUGGAAGUGAAGCAACUCUCUUUGGCGAGGCCAUAUACACAGCGGUCAGGGGUGUCUUUGGAGCAUCGUUAAAAAUGGCUGCAUUUUAUGGCUUAUACACCUGGCUUACUCACACUUUAUUUGGAGUUAAAAUUGUUUUCAUCCCUUCUGCUAUCGCCGCUGUGACGGGUGUUGUACCAUUUGUGGCGUCAUAUUGGGCUGCUGUUCCAGCUAUUUUGGAAUUGUGGCUCAUUGAGAACUCAGACAUACAUGCUCUGCUCUUGGCGCUGUGUCACAUAUUACCUACCUAUGUUGUGGAUACUGUCAUAUACAGCGAAAUAAAAGGUGGUGGCCAUCCUUAUCUUACUGGUUUAGCUGUUGCUGGAGGCAUAUAUUGUUUGGGUCUGGAGGGAGCGAUCGUUGGUCCAAUUGUACUUUGUUGCCUCGUUGCUGCAUUUAAUGUCCAUAGAAUAAUAAUGCAUGGACAAGAAACACUAAGUACACCUCCUUAAUUCUUAUUGGUUAUUGUUAUUGAAGCGUUCCUCGAUAUUGUUUGACUUUGGCCUCGUUAGAAAGCUGUUUUUAUCCUCUUCAACUUAAAGAUCACAGUGUUGCCGCCACUGCCACUCAACAAGACCAUGCAGCUGGAAUUACGUAGGGACGAAUGUGACGUAAAGAUAGGCCUUUUUCUUUGGAAACUCAACAUUGAAGCUUUCAAUAGAACUUACAGUCAACUUGACUUCUCUCAAACGUGUAAGGACACUCGCUGCACCUGUGUAGUGUAUAUACAAAGGUUCCUAACUGUAAAACUUUGGAACUGUCCGGAACUUCGGAAAACAACGGGAGGAAAGGAAUUAGGUAUUGAUGGUUACGUGAUUGCUCUAAACUUUUUUCUUGUUCCAUUACAAAAAAACAAAACCGGUAUAAAUUUGUUUUUAAAACUUUUUU